CAAUUUGGCAAUAACAAUAUUAGCUAGCUAGCUAACCUACUCAUGGUAUUAAAAGUGGUUUGAGCUCUGUACAGUCAUUGGCACUAAAUGUAUUAUGAGGAAUGUUUAGUUGAUGGUGAUUGCUACUAUUUUACUCUCUGGUGGUUUUGGAUUUGUGGAGAGUACUUUUACUUUGAGGACUUCGAACCGGAAGUGUAAUGUUUGUUUUUUGCUGCUAGCUAACACAGAAGUAACUGUUAGCUGUGAAGCUUGCUAUUACUUUGUUUUUAUGCGUGUUUUAUUGCCUUUAUACGGGCAAUAAUGACAAACAAGGAAGACGGAAAUCGUCAGUUUUAUAUCUGUAACUGUUUCACCACUGAUAAUAUUUUCCUGGAGGACUACAAGAUCCAUGUCCGCUUUUUAUCCGAGCAGCAGUUCAGACUGGAUUAUCAAACACUGCUUAUGAGGCUUGGCUGCGUGACGGACCAACAGUUUGAGGAUGUGUUCAACAAGAUUUCACAGGAAGUGGACAGGCGGCGGCGUCUAGGUGUGACGUCUGCUGAGAGAGCUGCUGCUAUCAAAGACACGUACCGGCCUCUCCAUCCUCACGUCUACCAUCUGCAGGAGUCCUACCUCGCACCAAAGUUCAAGCAGAUUAUCGAGUACUGUCGAAGCAGUGACAUCAGCGAAGAAGGUCUCGGAGACUUGUUGCAGGAAGAGGCAGCUCCAAGGGUUUAUCGCUUCCCUGUGUUUGAGAAAAGCUUCUGUGAGGAGCUGGUGGAGGAGCUGGAGCACUUUGAGCAGUCCUCGGCCCCGAAAGGAAGACCCAACACCAUGAACCACUAUGGGAUCCUCCUGAAUGAACUGGGCUUUGACGAGGGCUUCCUCACGCCCCUCCGUGAGCUCUACCUGCAUCCGCUCGCCUCCCUGCUGUACCCGGACUGUGGGGGACGGGGACUGGACAGCCACAAGGCCUUUGUUGUUAAAUAUGACAUGAAUGAAGACCUGGAGCUCAGCUACCACUACGACAACGCAGAAGUCACCCUAAAUGUUUCCCUGGGCAAGGACUUCACCGAGGGCAACCUUUAUUUUGGUGAUAUGAGACAGGUGCCUUUAAGUGAGACUGAGUGUUCAGAGGUGGAACACAGGGUGACCGAGGGGCUCCUCCAUCGGGGUCAACACAUGCACGGGGCCCUGCCCAUCUCCUCCGGCCAGCGCUGGAACCUCAUCAUCUGGAUGAGAGCCUCACAUGAACGCAACAAGCUGUGCCCCAUGUGCAACAGGAGGCCGACACUGGUGGAAGGGGAGGGCUUUGCUGACGGGUUCACCAAACACCCUGAAGCAGCGCUGAACCAUUCGUGCGUUUUGACGUGACGUAUCCCGCUGCUGUCAGCGUUUAAUAAGGGGACUUUGGUGUCCCCAGGUUGUACAGUAAUAUCAAAAGAAGACGCUGGCAGGCAGCAACGCGUGCAACUACCUCAGAUGUAUCCUGUAGGAAUGAAUGAUUUUGAAAAAAAGUUUGUGCAACAUACAUUUUCUGUCAAUAGACAGAUAUGCUACAGUAUGAUUGUUGCACAGUUAAUCGAGACAACACUGGGUCAAAGCCAUUAAAUGGAAUAAAUUCUAUUGACAAACUUUGACUGUAUUCCAAAUUGGAAUGAUGAAUAUUUAUUAUUUGUACUAUUGAUAAUACUAAUGGUACUAUAAUUCUGCGUUUCUACAUUUGCCGUGGUGUCCCAUUUUGUGACGAGUAUAUGUAUGACUAUUAUCUCAAAUAUUAGUCCAAUGUUAUCAAACAACCCAUACUGGUCAAGCCCCCCUAUUUAUAUACAGUAUGAUAGUACUGGAUUUUGUGCCAAAAAAUAAAAAAUUAGGUUUGCCCCAC